UUUUUUUUUUUUAAAAAAAAAAAAAAAAUUGAAAAACAGGAAAAAAAACAUACAAAAAUUUCUUUUUUUAACGAUUCAUAAUGACUACCACAAUGAGCUCCCAUUCCUUUGAGAAAACUGCCUCGAUGUUCGCUCCUGAUAUGAAGGGAUUGCAUGUCAUAGAGUUUAUUACUAAUGACCAACCUUAUCCUGCUGAAAAACUAAUUGAAAAGCUGCAAGAAUUUCAAGCAACAUUUCAAGAAGAAUAUGAAGAUUUCAGUGUUGGAUCGUCCAAGAUGCACCAUCAAUUUUCUGUUCCGUUUUUUGAACAGCAACGCUUAUUUAAUUCCACAUCUGAAAAUGAUUUAGAAGCAGGUGAUGAUAAUGAAGUUGAAGCUCUCAUUAAAAAGAACGCAAUGAUCAAGUCCGCGAUCGAAAAAAUUAAAAAAGCAACCGAAGAACAAGAAAAGCAAUUGCGCGAUAAAGAGGAAGAAUUACAAGAAUUAUAUGAAACUUUUGCCGAAUUGGAAGAAGAAUUACAAGUGACAACAUAUGAACCACCUCGAGUAAUGACCAAAUUUGAACGAGCUAGACGUCUCGGUUGCUUUUUCCUUAUCAUGCUUCUCCCAAUCUUACUUGUAGUAUUAUUGGAUGCGUACAUCCAAGCCAACUACAUGCCUUUCAUCAAUUAAUACCGAUAAAUUUAAAAAUAUCAAAAUAUUCACAAAAAUUUAACAUAAAAAUCAAAAAAAAAAAAAA